AUGGCGGAGGCGGCCGGCGAUGCGGAGCCGGGCCCGGGCCCGGAGCUGGCGGCCGUGAUCGGCGCCACCGUGCCCACGGGGUUCGAGCAGACGGCGGCCGAGGAGGUGCGGGAGAAGCUGGGCUCGGCCUCCAGGAUCAGCAGGGAUCGCGGCAAGAUCUACUUCGAGGUGCCGGCCCGGAGCCUGCCUCAGGUCCAUCGCCUGAGGUCAGUGGAUAAUUUAUUUGUUGUUGUUCAGGAGUUCAAAGACUAUCAAUUUGAAGAAAAGAAGGAAGAUGCUCUAAAGCAUUUGGAAGAUUUGGUUAAAAAGCUGCCCUGGACUGAUCCAUUGAAAGUUUGGGAGUUGAACAACAGCCUGAAAAAGAAGAAGACAAAACGCAAAAAACACAGUCUGCAGAGUCCUGCAAGCAGAGAGAAGCUGAGUGAUGGUGGGGAAGAGGGAGGAGCAGACCAAAAUACCACUGAUGGCCAGGAGGACUGUGCCCAAACCCCUGUGGCUGUGGAACCCCCCGGUGGCCAGGAUACAGAGGCUCCCCAAGGAGAGACAUCCAGGAAUGGGGUGGAGGAGGAGGAAGAUAAUGAGCAGCCAGAGGUGAAGGCUGGAGUGCAGGCGGGUUCUGAGAGUGGCACCAAGGCUGGUGACAGUGAGGCAGGCGCAGGGGAGGCCAAGGUGCUGCGGUUCCGAGUGACCUGCAACAGGGCUGGAGACAAGCACAGCUUCACCUCCAACGAGGCCGCCAGGGACUUCGGGGGAGCUGUGCAGGAGCACUUCCAGUGGAAAGCUGACAUGACUAAUUUUGAUGUGGAGGUUCUUCUGAAUAUUCACAACAAUGAAGUGGUGGUGGGGAUUGCUUUAACUGAAGAGAGUCUCCACAGAAGGAACAUCACACACUUCGGGCCCACAACGCUGCGUUCCACUCUGGCUUAUGGCAUGCUCAGACUCUGUGAUCCCCAGCCCACAGAUAUCAUAGUUGACCCCAUGUGUGGUACAGGUGCGAUACCAAUAGAGGGAGCUGCAGAAUGGCCCAACUGCUACCACAUUGCAGGGGAUAACAGCCCUCAGGCAGUGAAGAGAGCAGCUAACAACAUCUGCUCCUUACUGAGGAAAAACGAGAGUAAGGACAGCAGCACUGCCCUGGGCGUCCCCUUGGACGUCAUCCAGUGGGACAUCUGCAACCUGCCCCUGCGGACAGGCUCUGUGGACAUCGUGGUGACAGACAUGCCCUUUGGGAAGAGGAUAGGGUCGAAGAAGAAGAACUGGGAUCUUUACCCAGCCUGCCUGAUGGAGAUGGGCCGGAUCUGCACCCCAGGGACAGGCAGGGCUGUGCUGCUUACCCAGGACAAGAAAUGCUUUGCCAAGGCCCUGUCCCGUGUGGGGCACAUCUGGCGCAGAGCUCAGACGGUGUGGGUGAACGUGGGGGGGCUGCACGCUGCCGUGUACCUGCUGAGGCGCACCGGGGAGCGCGCGGAGGAGAGAACGCCCGUCUGCUAACUGCUGCGAGAGCACUCGGAAACACAGGAGACACCGCCAGCCUUCAGCCGGCUGGUAAACAGGCACCCGAGAGCAUAGGUCGGUCACUUUCGAAACCAAACAACCUGUGGAGAAAUUGUCACACAAAUAUUAAACCAGGGAUCAACUUGAGAGCUACCAGUUCUACUGUGUGUUCUGAAACAUUAUUAUUUAAAUCACCUCUGCUCCCUUCCACUCAAACUGAAAUUCAUUAGUGGAAUUAGUAAUUCUUUCCUUGGCUUGAAUCUUCUCUUGUAUUUUUCAGUUAAACAUUUAUUUCUUCUGCUUACAGUAGAAAACAUGUUGAGGCAGCUCUGAGGGUAGCAGUUUAUUUAUUUACCAAGCUGUAUCUUCAAAUGACUAACACUACUACUCAGACAGUCACCUUAAAGGGUUCAGAGGUAGUUACAUCUCUAAUGUAGUUUUCUAAUUUAUACCAUUGCUCAAAUGUAAACUAGUAAUAAACCACUAUCUGGUUUUUGUGGUCUGAUAAGCAAAUUCCAGUUGGCAAACAUGAAAGUAUGCUGUGCUACUGGUUCUCUUGCCUGUUACCUCAUCUUAGGACUAAUUACCAGUAAAUGUCUGAUCUGUAUUAGUGUUCCAUUGCCAUGGGUAAGGGGAUAACACACAGCCUUAGAAAACAGACUGUAGUUACUCUUUGAGAACAGAGAUUCUUUUAGCAGUUAUAUUAAACAGUUCAUGGUUUCGGUGUCUACCAUGGAUGCAUCAAGGUGGUAAUUUGAAUUUCUUAGGUAAUUUACCUGCCACAGUAUUCACAGAAAUAUUGUUGCAAAUAUUUUUUUCUUCUGUGACCAUACUAUGAUUUCUCAGGCGUCUUACUGUGCUCAUCAGAGGCUGAAAACACAUUGCUGGUUUGCCCUUUCCAUUACAGUGUGCUCAUGCUCAGUAUGUGUAACUGUUCAGAGGUGAAUUAACAAGUAUUAAAGUUUUAGAAGUUUUGCAUAAA